ACUGUCAGAACGAACUUCUGCUUUCACUCCGCGGCACUGAUUCAGACAUCCGAAACAUGCAGUAGAUCAGGGUCUCUGCCGGGACACUUAGACACGGUAGUCGGUACCCAUUCAGAGUGUCUGCAUCAUUAUUAUUUCCCACGGUCUUCAGAGUUAAAAAAAAAUGCACUCGUUGAUUUACAGUAAGGAGGCACCUGCAGCCUGAUGGACCAAAGAUGUGUCAAAACAGAGCGGAGGACUGCGUUUUCUUCAUCACAAUAAUUGUUGGGAGUGAACAGAACAACAGAGAUUUGGAAAUAUGUUGAUAAAGAUGUCUUCUUUGUCCUGUGGAAUGGAGAAUCUGAAGUGAUGGAGAACAGAGAGGAGAGCCCUGUGGAAGAGCAGGCCCAGACACCGCAAGAGCGAGGAAUUCUCUACAUCUGGCAGUCAGCGGGCCCCGCUCUGCAGCUGUGUCCAGAGAGAGUGCUUCUAUCCAGGCCUGUCCUGCAGACUGCCCUUGGAGAACAUCAUGGACUCCUGCUCACACAGGGUGGUCUGGUGUAUUCUUUUGGUGAGCUGUUUUGGAGGGAUCUAAGUGUACCAGUGUCUGCUCCUGUGCUGGAGGUCUCAUUGCUGGGAAAGACAAUGGUCCGUGUGGCUGCUGGUGGCUUCCAUUGCGGAGCCUUAAGUGACCAGGGCAACAUCUAUAUGUGGGGGGAGAACACUGCAGGACAGUGUGGCCUGACUAAGAGUUGUGCAGCAUCAGAGAUCACAUCAAACAUCACAGUUUCAGAGCCUUGCCAUGUCCCUGUGGUGGAUAGUGAGGUCAUUCCUCCAGCGGUGGUUAAGGUGGUGGAUCUGGCCUUCGGACGGGAGCACAGCCUUGCUCUGUCAGCUCAGAAUGAGCUGUGGGCGUGGGGAAGUGGCUGCCAGCUUGGCCUGGUCACCAGUACUUUCCCUGUAUGGAAACCACAGAAGGUGGAGCACUUGGCAGGCAGACAUGUACUUCAGGUGGCUUGUGGAGCAUACCACAGCCUGGCCUUGGUUCGUAGUUUAACUCCAAAGAACUACAACACCCUGAAUCCUGAGAAAGGGGAGCAGGGCCAGUCAACUCAGUCCUUUGUGACAGAGAGGGACGAGUUGUUGGCAGCUGACACUAGUCACUACUGUCCCCUGGGGGUGGAGCUGUCAGGCGAGACCCCUCCAAGGAGAAGCAGCCCCAGACCUAAGCCUCAACAUGGUGCAAGGACGGCUAGCAGUAGCCCUUACAGCCAGCUUAAGCCCCAUGAGCACUUUGACCCUCUCACUGAAGUAGACGGCGGCCGCUUGUCUCGCUCCCUGCCAGUCUGGAGCGGGAAUAAGGACACCUCUCUCCUUGAAGGAAUGGAGCUUCAGAAAUUAGUCCAGAAAAACUCAAGUUACUCAUGGGACCACAUUACAGGGCCAGGAGACACCGACUCACUGAGCAGUUACACUUCAGAUGACAGCUGUGUUUCUUCAACUCCAUCCACUGAUCUAUUGACUUCCAGUUUCAAAGAAGACCUACAAAUUAAAAGCCAAACCAACAGCAGCAGUUCCAUACCGUACUCCUCCUCACCAGUGUGUUUGGAAGAAGUUCGCCUUUUUCUUGCUGGAGAGAAGCGGGGACUGCAGGGGCAGAAGAGCUCAAGUCUCACGAAUAUCAAUCAGAAGGGGAACGCUGCAAGCAGAAGACGCUCCCUGCCUGGAAUACCCACUCAUGGGUCUCCACGACGACACAGGCCUUGUGCCUGCAUACCAUCCUCUGUUUGUCGGUGCCAGGCUGCAGCUCCGGAGGAUGCUGGAGACGGGCUUCCAUCUCUGGAGACUGAAGUGUGGAGCUGGGGCCGCGGGUCUGAGGGGCAACUGGGCCAUGGAGAUCAACUUGCCAGACUCCAGCCUUUAUGUGUCAAGUCUAUGAUUGGUGAGGAGGUAAUCAAAGUGGCUGCUGGCUCACACCAUUCCUUGGCUCUCACUGCUCACUGUCAGGUGUACUCAUGGGGCAGCAACAUGUGUGGACAGCUUGGUCAUGUCAACAGUCCUGUCACCGUUCCUCAACUCACUAAGCUAUCUGAUGGUCUUCGAGUUUGGGACAUAUCAGCUGGUCAGAGUCACUCCCUCCUCUUGGCUGAUGGAGACUGUGUCCAGCCUGUCCUGUUGUACUGCGGUCAGCAGCUUCUCUCAGUGCAGCAGGAGACGUCACACAAAGGUCAAAGGUCAUGCCAGAGGUCACCCAACAAGGCAGAGAGUUACACCGUCAGACCCACCCUGUUGCCCUUUUGCAUGGAGAUGGGUUACAUUAGCAGUGUGUGUUGUGGUGGUCCAAGCUGUGCAGCGUUGGCAGACCAGAACGUGAUGGGUUUUAUUUCAGCCAUCCAUGAGCUAGCCUCCAGAGAGAGACAGUUCUUCUGCUGGUUGAGCAACACCAGGAAGCUCCUCCUCACACCACUACGCAACAGAGAGAGUGUCAUUCCAUCGCUAAGUGAGCCAUGCACUCAUCUCUUCUUCUCUCUCUGUGAGAGUUUCAUUCGUCUGAGUGUCCUGAUCGCCCGCCAUUCAACAUCACUCAGCUACUUCCUACAUAAUGUGCGAAGACAGGAUGUCACUUCUCUUCUUCUGCUGACACACACCGAGCACUUUGUGGACAUUUAUAAAGAGUACUGUUCUUCAGUCGGGGACUUCCAGGUGAUGGGUGGAUUCCACUCACUACAAAAACUCUCUCGUGAGUGUUUAGGCUCUCAGCAGACCAUGCUGGCUCAGCUGUGUGUAUCAGACCAGUCCGUCAGCGGGGAUGUUGAUCUGGUUUCACUGUUAUACUGGCCUCUGCAGCAGCUCCACCACUACAACCGAGUUCUGCUCAAACUGGCAGCUUGUUAUGAUGUGUUAACUGCUGAGUAUCAGUCCCUCCAACAGGGCUGUAGUCAGUAUGAAUCCCUGUCUUUGUCACUGACCCGGAGGAAAAAAGAGGCUGAAGUCACCCUCCUCUUCUGGAAGAGCCAUCCAGGAAAAACUACUGAGGUUCUGCGUCUCCCAAAACGUCGUGUGGUGUGUGAGAGCAGCAACAGAUCCCUGACUCUGCAGAAUGCUGGGCGGUUCUCUAACCACUGGUUCAUGCUGUUCAAUGACGCUCUGGUGCACACACAGGGUGCCAUUCCCUCACAGAUCCUUUUCUCCACACAUCACGUCUAUCCUCUGACCUGUCUGUGGGUGAAACCGGUCACAGAAGACAGCAGUGGACUCUAUGCGAUCAAAAUCACAUGUCCAGAGGAGAGUUUCACCCUGGUAGCAUCGACACCACAGGAGAAGAACAAGUGGCUGCGAUCUCUGAACCAGGCGAUGGAUCAGGUGGUAGGCGGUGGAGGUCAGGGGUCAUCACCAGGGUUGACAGCAAUGUCUCGUACGGCCUCCUACGUGUUCACUGGAGAGGGACGGUUUAAAGACGCCCAGUAUACCGGGGCCUGGCUGGCAGGACGAGUGCAUGGAAGAGGUACCAUGAAGUGGCCAGAUGGACGGGUCUAUAGUGGGAACUUCAAGAAUGGACAAGAGGAUGGCUUUGGACAUUAUAUUAUACCCAACAAAGUGCUGAAUAAGCCAGACAUCUACCAAGGAAACUGGAAAGAUGGCAAGCUCCAUGGCUUCGGCAAGUACAAGUAUGCCAGUGGUGAAGUGUAUGAGGGCUGUUUCUGUGAUGGGCAGCGACACGGUUACGGGAUGCUGAAUUCGGGGAGGCUGAGUAAGAAGUCUUCGGGCGUUUUUAUUGGCCAGUGGCUCCACGGCAAGAAGACAGGCUAUGGCGUCUACGAUGACAUCACAAGAGGUGAGAAGUACAUGGGGCUGUGGUUGGACGAGCAGCGGCAUGGCAGCGCUGUGGUGGUCACCCAGUACGGUGUUUACUUUGAGGGGACCUUCAGAGAAAACAAGAUGAGCGGCCCAGGCCUGUUGGUGUCAGAUGAUGACACAGCUCUCCAUGGGGAGUUCUCUGAUGACUGGACUGUCAAUGGGAAGGGUGUUUUAUCUCUCGCUAAUGGUGACAACCUAGAUGGCCUGUUCAGUGGAGAGUGGACCACAGGUCUGAAGGUGGUUGGAACGUACACCAAACCAGCCUACGAAGAGCCUGAAACUAGAGAGAGAAGCCGCAUGCUCAGGCUGGGUCAGUAUGUGGUGGCCGCAGAGCAGCGGUGGGUCUGCGUGUUCGAUGAAUGUUGGCGUCGGCUCGGCUGUGAUGCUGCUGGGAGAGGAGAGAGGUCUACGGCCUGGGAGAACAUUGCUGUUACCAUAUCAACUGCACGAAGACAGAGCCCAAAACUCAGCAGGUCUCAGAGCAAAGUAUUGGAGUCUUUGGAGUUUAUUCCUCAGUAUGGAGAACAGUUCACUACGGCCAACUAUGACAACAUACGAAGAUACCUCCUCAAGUCAUGUGAAACCCCUCACCACCCCCUGGGCUGGCUGGUGGAGACGUUGGUUACUGUUUUUAGGAUGACUUACAUUGGAGUGGGUUCCAACCGCAGGCUGCUCAGGCAAGCUGUCCACGAAGUUCAGGCCUUCCUUACACAUUUCUACGUCAUUGUGAGGUUUUUAUUUCCUGGGUUACCUGCUGACGGCUGUGCCAUCCCAGAAUCCCUUGCCUCUCAAUCUGAAAGCAGACACAACUCAAGCUUUGAAGAGCAGUGCGGUGUUUUGGUGGUGAGCUGCUCCUCUUUGCUCCUCCCUCUGCUGCUCCCUCAGCUCUACCCCCCUCUCUUUACCCUUUACUGCCUUCAGGAGGAGCAGGAGGAGGCCCGAUACUGGGAGCGCAUCCUCAGACUCAACAAACAGCCUGACCAGUCCCUGCUCAGCUUCCUGGGUGUGCAAGAGAAGUUCUGGCCCGUCUGGAUGUCAAUUCUGGGAGAGAAAAAACAGAUUGUGUCCAGCAGUAAAGAUGCCUGCUUUGUUUCAGCUAUAGAGACACUCCAACAAAUCAGCACCACGUUCACUCCGUCAGACAAACUCCUCGUCAUCAAGAACACAUUUGAAGAGUUGACCCAGGAAAUAAAACCUAUGUUGGAAGACAACUUCCUGUGGUGCAUGGAUGACCUGCUGCCCCUCUUCCUCUAUGUAGUGCUCAGGGCUAGGGUUAAGAACCUGGGAGCCGAGGUCAGUCUGAUAGACGACUUGAUGGACUCCAACGUUCAGCACGGAGAGCUGGGAAUGAUGUUCACCACACUGAGGGCCUGCUACAUCCAGAUUCAGCAGGAGUCGACUACUUAAGAGCAGCCAGGGAGACUCGACACUGUCAACAACAAAAGCACUUCCAGGAACGACACGUCGCCUCACACGUAGAACCUGACGUGAAAGAAGGUCGCUGGGAGCUACAAUGAGGACACACAAGUAGAAGGCAGGGGUGGAGUGUGAUCCUUGACACCUUGUCCGGUAGAUUUCCAUUUGGUAUGUUAAAACAUGGCAAAGUUCUCUCUUUUAUAUACAAAAAAAUAAUAAUAUAUUCUCAGAUAGAAAACGCAUCGCACCUCCUCUUGACAUGUUAGAGAACUGGAAUUUCAUAUUCACUGAUGGGUUUGGUUGUAUUUGUUCUUUAGAUUUUAUAGUUCCACUUUGUAAUAAUACAUCAGCUCGGGUUUUUUAUCAUCAAACUCUGUGUUGAAAGUCACAUAGUUUUUGGUGUAACAUUGCACUUAUUUAAAAAAUAAUCCAUGAAAACAUACAGUAAAGUGUACUGUUCACAACUUUCUGUCAGGAUCUCCUGUCACUCCACACAAAGAAAACUGACCAAACACUUACCAUGAGAAGCUUUCAGUUUUCAAAGUGAACAAAGGGAUGAUAGCUUAAGAUUGAAAUGAAAAUAAUAAUAGUUAUUUUUUAGACUUCAGGCAUCCCAUAAAGGCAACUAGCCGUUUUUAAGACUUGAUUUGACUUUUUAGCACUGAGUUGUUUAACUUUAUAGAACUUAAAUACUUAAAGGGAUACUUCACCUGUUGAAACAUGAAUCUGUAUUGACAUUGGGUCAUACAUGUAGUAGAAAUGUGAAAUACAUUUUGAAGUUGGUGCCUUCUUGGCCGAGAAAAAGCAGAAAGUGUAUUUUUGGCUCAUGAAUCCAUGAAUCCCAGAAUGCACAGCACCGCAGGCCACUCCCACUAAGGUCAAGUUUACAGACAUAUUUACUUCAACACAUACGGCCGUUUCCUCAACUGAUUCCGAGAUUUCUUCCUGAAGGAAUUAGCAUCUUGGAAAUUACUGGCAGAAAAUGGACUCUGUCCGUGUUCAUAAGCAAACAGUGAGAGCACCAACACUACCAGUCCGCCCCAGCUCGAGCCGGCCCAGGCUCCUCGUCCUCACCGCCGCCGACAGGCAGGCCUUAUGUCUCGGCUGCUGAGCUGGCAGCAGCCAGCAAUCAAGCGCCGGCCCUGGCGGGCAGUAGCCAGCGGCCACCAGCAGCUGCAGCAGCCUAGACUCAGGACUGGCCUGUCGGCAGCAGCCAUCUCACCGCUAUAUUUAUAUUUUUUCGCCAUUAUCAGCUUUCUCCAUAGAGCCUGUUAGCAUAACUUCAAAGCAAUAUGGCGGAAGUUUCGAUUCUGGGAGUGAGUUCCCACCCACUGAUCUGUGAUUGGUCUGUAGCUUCAGUGGUCGAAAAUAUGAGGAACUAGCGUUGUAGUUUCACCCCGCUAACCACAACAGCUUCCAAUGACGCAAAAUGACGUUUUUUGCGUCACUGGAAGAUCCUUUUCAGACUUAAAAAUACAAAGAUCUCUCAGGGGAAAAUGAGGGCGGGAUGCACGACCAUUCAAAAAUACUGCCAGGUUUCUAAUGACACAAAGCUCAAUGCUAAUGGGUGAAGUAUCUCUUUAAAUACAUUAAGACAAAUAGGUAACAUGAAUGAUGUAUUUUCUUACUAGCAGAUUUUGGGGGAAAUUCUACAACCAGUGAUUGCACUGCUGAAAAUGUCAAUAUGAGGUGAAGCAGGGACCUAUAACAAGUUCAGGUAAUUAAAGGGAAUAAAAGCAAUUACAAAAUAAUACGUCAAAAAAUCACACUAAACAGUCUGUUGACUUAUUUUUAUUUAUUGAAUAUUAAGAUCUGUUAAAACUACAAAUCAAACCGCUUAAUGCUGCUGCUUGUUUCAACUCACAACGGAGCAGUUUGUCUCAGGUGUAAAACUGACAUGUAGGGAAGUAACAUCGAGAAAUACACAAGUACUUAUAAUAUAAUAAUAAUAAUACUCAAUUGAGGAAACACUGAUUAGCUAUGCACAUAGCAUAUAUGUCACAUAGUUUUUUGUACUAUUGCGUUUGUGAUUUUUGUGAAAAAGCAUUUUUUAACAAGUCCGACGACGGACCACAGAUUUUUGCACUGACAGUUUUUAUUUUUUAUUUUAGCCCCCCCACCAGCUAACCAGCAGAGCGUUAGAGUUGUUUCUCUUCCUACAUCAAGGACAGUCCUGUUUGUAGGAUCUUUUUUUUCAACUUGUUGCCACAUUAAAAUGAAAUUUGACGGGAGGUUGGUCUUAAAUUGUUGAACUAAUUCUUGUGCAGCCAGUCAUUUCUAAAGAACUCUUUUGUUUUUGGAGAUAAAACAUUUGAAAGACUUUAUUUUCUCCUGAACUACUGCACUUACAGUAAAUAAGAAAUAUGACAUUUCUAUGCAACAGUUGUCACCUUUUAUGUAUUUUAUAGCAGAUCUAUUCAAACAAAAUGAUUGUAUAAAGGUACUUUAGAUUAACUUAUUUCUUUAAUGAAUAUGUCUAUUUUAUUUCAAAGUAAUUAUUCUAAGUUUUCUUUUUUCUUUUUUUUAGCCCUAGGGGGUCUCACUUGUAAGGGAAUUGUGUGAAUGAAUUUACUCAUUACUCGUUAUUAUUGAUUGAGAUUUAUUAAAAGUAUACUUUUUUUUGCUGUAUCAGAAAACUACACAUAGAGUCUAACUUUUAGAUUCUGGAAUAAGCGCACUUGUGAAUAAUCUAUUGUGAUUAAGGAAGCAUUAGUUCAAAAUCAACUAACACUAUGAUGUGUUUCAGAUGUAGACCAAAUAUGAAUGUGUGCUGACAAAUACAUGAUUAGGUUGUUUGGGAGCAGCCGCACUCACAGCACAGGAUGUAGGCCGUGUUGUUACUGACUAUUGAUGCACAGUCUUUAUUUUCUCUGGAAUAAAACAAACGUAUAGAGACGAACAGAACUUCAGAAUGCAACGACAAGCUUGCCAAACUGAUAGAAAAGAAUAAUGGUCUUUUUCUUUUUCAACAUCGCUACAUUUUGUUUACACUGAAUUGAGAUUUUCUGGCGUGUAAACAGUCAGCCAGUUUGUGUUUGUUGGGACAAACUGUUUGUCAUGUGUUUUUUUUUGCAAUUAGAUAAACUGAAGUGAAAUACAAGUGUAACACAUCAGGAGGAAUGUCACAACAGUAUUCAGUAGAUUUAAGGACAGUGCGGAUGUUUUGCACUCUUAAAAGAUCAAACACAUUUCCAGCACUGCCAAACAUUUUGUCACGCACAGCAUUCAAUUUAUUUUCUUACCUCUCGGCAGUCACGGGUUGUUACAUCAUUUGAGAGCAGCAUGACCAUUAGUGUUCAUUAUAACCAUUUUUGUACCUUCAACAUGUGGUAAUGCACUUCUAAGCAAGGACAUUCUGAACAAACAAACCUUAGAUCAAAAGACAUGACAUCUUCAACAGUGAGAAGUUUUCUCAGUCAGAAGAUUUCAUUUACUGUCACUUCCACAACACACACUCAGCAUACACAUGGGAGUGAAAUGCAGUUCUCCUCACACUUUACAUGUUUAGUUUCUGGGCAAAGUGAAACAUGCCGUGGGGUUCUUUUGUAUAAACUGCAUCUCUAGGAGGUUUGAGAAUUUGAGGCUAUAAACUGAAUUAAUGAAUUGAGUGUGAUAUUUUUCUAAGUGUAUAUUUUUGUUACUUUAUACACAUAAAAAGAAAAGAUCGGCACCAGGGAGGACAGGACGUUCAUUAGCUUUGAUGUUUAAGUUUAGCACUGAAAUGUAAAUAAAAAAAUGUGUUUAUUAAUUUUAAAAAAAGGGGCAAUACAUCAAAUUCUGAACAAAAAAAUGUUGAUUAUUUUUUGUAUCUCUUGUUUUGACUGGAUUGUAUUAAUUACCAUUUGUGAACAAAGUCUUUACAUAAAACACUCAGACGACU